AUGCCUCCUGUUUGUGUUGAGGUCUACGAAGAAGGUCUGGCGCUAGCGCCUUCUGGGAACGAAGGACCAAAAGCACUUUUCAAGUUCCAGCGAGCUCGCUCCACGCUGGAAAUUGACUGGUGUUACACUCCCCGUUCCAGCCCGGCUAUUUCGCUUGAAUUUGGAUGUCUGGUGGGUUAUGUGGAUCUCACGAUUGGCCAUCUAGUCUUUGUUUCAGAGUAUGAUGAUGCGGUUUCGCUCCCGCGAUUCCACUUCAAGUGCAACAGGGUGCGUGAUGUAGUGAUGGUUCCGCUGGUGAAAUCUUCAUGUCUUGAAACGUUACAAAGAUACGCAAAAAUUGGCGCUGGAACUGAAGAUUGCGACGAAGAGACAAACGAAACAGACAAUGUCAGUCUCAAAGACGAGAACCAGGAACCGGAAGUUGCCCAUAACCAACCCGGAAUGAUAUUCACUCCUACAGGCAUUCUUGCAGACUCAUUCAAGUCAAAGCCACAGCUCUCUUUGAACAGCCAGCGGAUACUUUUGGAGGAAUUCGAAUAUAUUGAUACAGGAGCUGUCGCCAAACCAAAUCCAAUGCUGGACAACCUGAUAUAUAACAAGACAUUUGAACACGCACGCUCAGUCAAGAACUUGCAGCGAAAUGCAGGUGAUUUCAAACAUGGAUAUAGGAUACCACCUGCGCUUAUCCGGAAGUUCAAGCGUCAUUUCAGGAGGUUUUUUAGAAAUGGCGGCUUUUACUUCAGUGGGGAUGUAAACCUGACCCAGAACUUCUCUGUUGUGGCUGCAGCCAAAGGAACCAGUUAUAUGGUUGUCCCCAGUUGCCACGAAUCUAUGAAGGAUCUCAAGGAAGACUCUGGUGCCUUUUUUUGGAACAGAUCGAUGCUCGCGCCCAUUCUGGAAUCUUGCCCUGAUACGUACCCACAUGUACUGUGCACACUUCUGAUUCAAGGCUUCGUCGGUACAUUUGACUGCACUUUGAAAAAGUCUUCUCCUCGAAGAUCCUCGUUGCUAGCAGGAAAACGCAACGAAGAUUCUCAGACAAUUCCCGCUUAUAUCGUUCUCGUCUCUAGAAGAAGCACCGAUCGUGCGGGUGUGAGAUACAUGAGACGCGGAGUUGACGAUGCCGGCAAGGUGGCCAAUUUUGUUGAGACUGAUCAAUGCAUAUUUGUUGAUGGUCCGCAAGAGACCUUCUAUGGCAGGUAUACCAUAAUUAGAGGUUCUAUUCCCCUUUUCUUCAAGCAGGAUCCCUCCAAACUACAGCCUGCACCAAUAGUGCAAAGAUCCAGAGAUCAGAACCGUGACAAAUUACAGAUGCACUUCAAUCAUUUACUGGGCCAUUACGGUGACUUCUCGUGCAUAUCUCUGAUAGAGAAAGGCAACAGAGAACUAGGGCUUGGUAAGACAUUUCAAGAUCUCGCUGCAGAGACAGAUUUUCCUUUGGCAUGGUUUGAUUUCCAUGAAGUCUGCAAGGGUAUGCAUUUCGAGAAUGUUGAAUUGCUGAUGAAGGAGGAAGUGGAGAACUCGUACCCACCGGGUUCUGUAUCGAUGAAACUCGACCAGUAUGGCUGGUAUGCAAUGAGGUUGGGUCGUAAUUUGAAGGAGGAGUCACACCAGAAGGGAGUAAUGAGAGUUAACUGCAUUGACUGUCUUGAUCGAACUAACAUUGUCUCAAAGUUUCUUUGCCAGAAAGUCCUCGGUCAUCAGCUCGAGUCCUGGGGCGUGGUUAUCCGGAAUAACAAAGACUUUCAGUCCGCGUACUCUAACCUCUGGGCAAACAAUGGGGAUGCGAUCAGCACGCAGUAUGCCUCCACAAAUGCUUUGAAGGGUGAUUUCACCCGAGCCCAGAAGAGACAUUACACUGGGGUUUUGAACGACGCUAUUUUGACGCUGUCCAGGUAUUACUAUGGAUACUUCAGUGACUUCUUCCGCCAGAUCAUGAUAGACUUUCUGCUUGGAGGUGUUGGGGAAGAGGUGUUUGAGCAGUAUGAGUCGAGUCUUAACAAUCUGGAUCCGAAUUCUGCUCACGAGACAAUGAUCACUCAGAAGGUCAUCAUGGACAACACAGUCAGUUUCCUAUUUCGAGACUCGACAGAAAUGCUUAUUGGCUCAUGGUGGGUUGAUUCCCCUUUCAAAGUGAACACUUUACGCAAGGCGGAGAUGGUGGGUUCAAUGUUGUUGCUCACAGACAGAUACGUCUAUCUCGUGGUGUUUGCAGAAGCCGAUAGCGUACUCCGUGUCUACAAAAUUGCCACGGAAUUUGUUGAGAAAAUACAGUAUGGCCACUAUUUUUUGUCGUCACAUACCCCACUUGCCAAAAAUCCUCAGAAGAACGUUGGAAUCCAACUCAGUUUCCGCAAGCACGAAUAUCGCACACUCAAGCUCGCAAAAGACGUCCAUUUCGAUCGGGAGAACCUGCGAAUGAGACAGAGGGCCGACGGAGCAGUACUCGCCACUUCCCUCUCAGCAGAAGACUUUUCAAUUCUGGGAAUCUUUCAGUCUCAGGACUCAGCUGAUUCGCAAGUCUGUGGCUUGCAUGAGUCUCGGGACCAGCCUUCGACUCUCGCAAUCCGGUUUCAACAACAUACGACACACACAGAGGUUAGACGUACGGUGAGUCUGCUGUCAAGAAUGUGCUACGGGUCCAGUUUGGUCCAGUCGGAUCUGGUGACUCUGGAAGAAGCCAAAUCGGACACCCCGUUUUGGAAAGUGUUAGACCAUCAAUUGAAGAAGUUCAUAUGGGCAUGA